AUGACCAUCCUGACUGUCUGUCGGGCCGAGGGAGGAGAAGUGACGGCAAGUCGAGGAGACGGCAACGAGGAUUCGUGGACUCAAGGUCGCCCGAUUGUCAUCCGUCUGGCCGUAGGGCGUCUGUCGCGGACUGACGAGGUGGACACACCUGCCCAGCAUGACCUGAGCUGGGCGAAGACUGGAGCCGCCUCCAGACUUUGCCCCAGGACGACAGGACUGCUGGAGUCGGCCGAAUCACCUGUCGUCCAGCGCCGGGCCGACAGCAACUGGAGUCCUCAAGUGCGGCAGCGCCAGAAGGAGAAGGAGGAAAAAGCAGUACGCCAACACAACACGCUUGGGUAA